UUCUGCCCAGCUCCCAGAAUGUCCACCCCCAAAAAACAGGCGGUUCUGGGUGGGCGCCUUGAUUUGCCAGUCACCUGGGUUGGCACAGGGCAGCCCAGCUUGCCACCUUCCCACCCAUAUCUCCCUCCUGCUAUCUCUGUGCCCGCCUCGGCCCUUGGCAGCGCUCUAUAAAAGCGAGCCUCUUCGUCUCAGGCUGCAACCUUCCUUCUCCCUCAACCGCUGCAACGAUGAAGACCUCGCCAACCUUCCUCCUCGUCCCGCUGCUCUUCGUCAUGGCCUGGGCCCAAUGCCCGGCGCCAGCCGAUCUGAAGACGGCCAACGGCACCAAGAUCUGCGCCCAGCUCUACACCAAGAACAGCCCCUACUAUGACCAGUGCUGUGCUGGCAGCGUCCUGGUGGUGCCGCCGGACGAGGACCAGCCUUACAUGCCAUCUGCCUUCAACAACAAGGUGACCUCGCUGGUGGUGGGGCAGAGAUGUGAGCUGACUGUCUGGUCCAGCAAGGGCAAAGGGGGCAAGACCCGCAAGUUCAAAGCCGGCGCCUUCCCGCGUCUCCAGGAAAUCCGGAAGGGCAUCUUCGGCGACUGGGCCAAUGCCAUCUCCGCCUACUAUUGCAAGUGCAGUUGAGGAGACCACGCCAGAGCCGUGCGAGAUAGGACCCCGUGGCCACAAGCAGCUCUUGCCAGCCUGAUCCCGCAGCACCCCAAGCGAUGUUCCCACAGGUCUUGCACCGCAAUGCGCCACUCUGUUGCCACUAAGGAUUCUGGGAUAGCUCCCUCCCAGAAUCCCCUGCUCUUGCCAUGGCAAAAACUCUGGUCAACUGGAAGAUCUUCUUCCCAGAAUCCUCUGCGUUGCCCAUGGCAAAAUCUCUAGCCAACUGGGAGACGUCUUUCCCAGAAUCCUCCGCCCUCGUCACGUCUCUAGGGCAAAUUCUCUGGUCAACUGGAAGAUCUCCAUCCCAGAAUCCUCUGCAUUGCCCAUGGCAAAAUCUCUAGCCAACUGGGAGAAGUCUCUCCCAGAAUCCUCCGCUCUCGUCACGUCUCUAGGGCAAAUUCUCUGGUCAACUGGAAGAUCUCCAUCCCAGAAUCCUCUGCGUUGCCCAUGGGAAAAUCUCUAGCCAACUGGGAGAAGUCUCUCCCAGAAUCCUCCGCUCUCGUCACGUCUCCGGGGCAAAUUCUCUGGUCAACUGGAAGAUUUCCCUCCCAGAAUCCUCUGCGCUGCCCAUGAGAAAAUCUCUAGCCAACUGGGAGAAGUCUUUCCCAGAAUCCUCCGCUCUCAUCACGUCUCCAGGGCAAAUUCUCUGGUCAACUGGAAGAUUUCCCUCCCAGAAUCCUCUGUGUUGCCCAUGGCAAAAGGUCUGCCCAACUGGGGGAUUUCUGCACCCAAACAAAAUGUGAACCUCUAGGAAAAAAAUUCAUCGUCUGAUAGCAAGCAAUUCACCUACAGGGAGCAGGAAAGACGCCACGAAAAAGCAGAAACCGGCAAUUGAAUUUAUUUUUCACAACCGCAGCAGAGAAGGGGGUUUCUCCCUGAGCUUUGACGAUCUCCAAGCUGGACACCUCGCUCGAAAUAUAUGUAGCUUCUGGUGCUUUUAAGAUCUUUCCCACAUUCCCCACUUUGUUCUGGGUGUAGUGUUCUGG